UCUUCAACAAAACACAAAACCCCGAACAAAGAGGGCAUCGACGGCACGAUUAUUACGCGAACGAACUUCUACUACACACGUAUCCUACGACGAUCACGAUGACAAAAGUUAAUACCAAGCAAAUUGGCAUGGAUUCUCUGAACAACGCCAUUUCCUUAUGAAAAUCGGCGAGGAAUCGGGCGAAAAGUUGCAUGGCAAUGAUGAUGAAAACAGCCCUUGAGUGCGAUGACACCAAUUCAGUGGACACCCUUCAGUCCUUCACCUCCAUCGAGGAUGACCGUGACAGCGUCAAUUCCUCCAGUCCCAGCCCAGCCAAGAACCGGUCGGGCGUGGUGACUGGGCGGGGUAUUACCCUGGGCAUGCUGAUGGCUGAUGGGAUUGUUGAGUCUGGAGAUGGCCUGCUCACAAUUGACUACCUGGGAAGGAAGUUCACAGCUGAUCUGAUGGAGAAUGGCAAGAUCAAAUGGUCAGGCCAGGAGUUUAACUCCCCCAGCGCCUGGGCAAUACACAUCAAAAAGCUGGUCAAUCCUGCCAAGAAAUCAGGCUGUGGUUGGGCCUCUGUGAAAUAUAAGGGCAAGAAGUUGGACCUUCUCAAGUCGACGUGGUUCAGCCAGAUGAAGAUCAGCAUGCCUGGAUUUGAAGACGUGGCCGAUAUUCCAGACGGUGAGAAUGGAUAUACGAACGGCCACACUGGGGAAGACAUGGAGGAUGAGAAAGAUGAUGAGGAUGGAAUCCACAGAAGUCCUGCAGAUAAACCCAACCCUCCUACAUCCCAAGUAACCAAAGGCCAAAAAAGAAUAUUCAGUGCAACUGAAAGCAGUGUUCAUGUACAUAAAGAAGGUAUGGUGCACCCAUUGAAGAAUCCAGACCUGAAUGAGCGGAGAGUGGUCAAAUAUGCAGAUAUCACAAAAGAGGAUCUUGAAAGGAGUCCCAAUACGUUAGUUGAGUGUCUUCCAUUUAAUUCUGUGGGCAGAAUGCAGCCUUUCACUGUCUCAACCACGACAAAUUGCCUUCUUGUAAUGGAUUUCCACUGUCAUCUGACCACCAGUGAAGUUGUUGGCUACCUAGCAGGGAAAUGGGAUCCAAAUACACAACAUAUGUCAGUGCUACAAGCAUAUCCCUGCAGAUGUCGACUAGCAGACAAGAAUAAGGCUUCCAUUGUUGAAGAAGAGAUUCGCCAAGCAAUAGCAUUACGAGGUCUGCAAUUGGUCGGCUGGUACCACAGUCAUCCCUGCUACCCCGCACAACCCUCCUUGAAAGACAUUCAAACCCAGAUGGAUUACCAGCUACAAAUGAAAGGCGAGGGUACGGUCUAUCAACCCUGCCUAGCUCUUAUAUGUGCGCCCUUCAACCUGAACAAGCCACAGAAAGAAUCUAGUCUCAAAUCAUUCUGGGUUAUGCCACAAAUAGAGGACCGAGGUCGUAGCUGUAGAGGAAUGCCAAUGACAAUGAAUUUCAACUGGCAGUCUGAUAUAUUCCUAACCCAGGAGAUAUUACUAGAAAUGAAAUACCUGGUAGACUUUUACAAGGACAGUCCUGAUAUGGUGCAAUUCUCUGAGCUCUGGUUCAAAUCUGAUACAUUCCUAGACAAACUCAAGGCUUCUCUGGCCAAGAAGUUUCCCAAAGACCAGACGGACGGGAGACUACUGGAAUACAUCCACAAUCUUCUAGACAGUCCAGCGACAUAGCACCGGCCCAUUCAAAACUAGCAAUGCUCUUUAAGCACAGUGACAUCAAGGGACCAUCGAAGGAGGUAUUUGAGCAAUGCGCA